AAAACCCAGUUUUGUUUUUUGUUUACAAAGACCAUGUUUUCGAAGGUGAACAGCGGUGUCAUUUUGACGGAAGACAAAGGAAACGAACACUCAGCUUCAUGGACCAGAACCAACGUUAACAACAACAACAACAACAAUGGUGUUGUAAUUGAAAACAAAGAAACUGUGGGUUCUUUAUUUUCGCUCAAAUCCAUGUUAGAUGACGAAUGGUACGUUCCAAACAACAGUAUCUUUCCACCGAUUCUCCGGGACCAUCAAAAUAAUCUCUUACUGCACCAUCAUCAUCAGCAACAGCAACAGCAACAUCAUCCAGUGGAUUCUACCUCUUCUUGUUCGCCAUUUUCUUCUGUUUUCAACAAUCUCGACCCGUCUCAGUUACAGUUCUUUUUGCAGCCAAAACCAGGUUUAUCUUCGCUCCUCAAUGUCGUUUCCAACAACCCUUUAGAUCACGGGUUUGAUUUCGGCGAAAUCGGAUUCCUUGACAACCAAGCAACAAACGCUAGUCCUUUGUUGAACAGGGAAAAUUCUGGGGUUUUGGGUGGUUUCACUGACAUAAUCUCUGGCAAUCAGAUAGACACUGCUAAUUCGGGUUCCGGGUUCACGGGUUUUCAAGGGUUCGUUGAGAAUCCUGGGAAUUCUCUGUUUUUAAGUAGGUCUAAAUUGCUAAGGCCGCUGGAUAGUUUUCCUUCUGUCGGAGCACAGCCGACUCUGUUCCAGAAAAGGGCGGCUUUGAGGAAGAAUUUGGCUGAUAAUGGAGGGAAUUAUGGGGAUUUGGGCGGAGGAAAGGUUAAUGCUUCGAGUGGAACCGAGGGGGAUAAAGGGAAGAUAGAAAUGAAUAAAGUGAAUGAGAAGAAUAAAAUUUGCAUUAGAGAUGAACUGGAAGAUGUUAGCAUUGAUGGGUCAGUUUUGAAUUAUGAUUCGGAUGAGUUCACCGAGACUAACAAGGUUGAAGAAACUCUCAAAAAUGGUGGGAGCACCUCGAAUGCAAACAGUACAGUUACAGGAGGAGAUCAAAUUGGUAAAAGGAAAGGGCUUCCAGCUAAAAACUUGAUGGCCGAGAGGCGCCGUCGGAAGAAACUCAAUGAUCGGCUUUACAUGUUGCGAUCAGUCGUUCCGAAGAUCAGCAAAAUGGAUAGAGCUUCUAUUCUAGGGGAUGCCAUAGAGUACCUAAAGGAACUUUUGCAAAGGAUCAACGAUCUGCAUAACGAAUUGGAGUCGAACCCCGGAAGUUCUUUGGUCACACCUACUACCAGUUUCCUUCCUUUGACGCCCACUCCAGCUACCCUUCCCUGUCAUAUCAAGGAUGAACUUUGCCCUGGUUCGUUACUGAGUCCCAACGGGCAACCGACAAGGAUUGAAGUGAGGCUGAGAGAAGGAAAAGCUGUGAACAUUCACAUGUUUUGUGGGCGCAGACCUGGUCUUUUGCUCUCCACAAUGAGGGCUUUGGACAGCCUCGGGCUCGACAUACAGCAAGCAGUCAUUAGCUGUUUCAAUGGCUUCGCCAUGGAUAUCUUUCGAGCGGAGCACUGCAAGGAAGAGCAGGACAUCCAUCCUGAGCAGAUCAAAGCCGUGCUUUUGGAUUCAGCUGGCUUCAACAACAUGAUUUAGGGUUCUUCAGCAGCUCUAUCAGAACAAUAACCAACAAGCAAAUUGCAGUUUCUUUUUUCAAGUUUUUAUGAUAAGCUUCUCAUGACUGAUGGCACUUGGAAUUUUAUGAGACAAUACAUGUGAGACUAUUAAAGAUAGCGCUCAAAAACUUCAGAACACCUUAUGAAAGCUGUACA